AUGACGAUUGGCGCGAGCGGUGGGUCGCCCCUGGGGGGCGUUCGACGCGGGGCGGCCACCGCCGACGCCGCAGGCCGGGCGGAGGAGCUCGGCCGCGCGGAGGCCGAAGAGCUCGGCCGCGCGGAGGCUGAGGAGGAGCUCGGUCGGGCGGCACACUGCGCGCGACCUCCAAACACGGCGAGGCCUAUGUCGCCAAAUUGCAGCAGUGGGGCGGCUUUGGGCAGGACCGCGGCGGCAACGCCUCCAGAGGAUAGCGCCGCGCGGAGCCGCCAGCCCUCCGGCGUGCGCACUUAUCGGCCGUGUGCGAGCAACGCGGCGCUGCGCCGCGCGAAUCUCUGA